AGACUCGGUUUCAGGAAACAAUCAAAUUCUAAAAAAAAACAUCUGGACUUCGUACUUUUGUUGGAAGUUUUUCAUUUGUUUUUAUUAAAAUUAAAUUAACUUGUGUUAUUUUGUAGUAAGAUUAGUUCAUAGCACAAAUAAAAAUGGCCCGCGUUUUAGUUGGAGUCAAGAGAGUUAUCGAUUACGCCGUAAAAGUCCGUGUGAAGCCAGACAAGACUGGCGUGGUGACAGAUGGCGUGAAGCACUCAAUGAACCCGUUUGAUGAGAUCGCUGUGGAGGAGGCAGUCAGGAUGAAGGAGAAGAAGAUCGCCAGUGAAGUCAUUGCUGUGUCCUGUGGACCUGCACAGGCCCAGGAAACCCUAAGGACAGCUCUUGCUAUGGGAGCUGACCGUGCUAUCCAUGUGGAGGUGGCUGGAAAAGACUAUGAGACCCUGCAGCCCCUGCAUGUAGCCAAGAUCUUAGCUAAGCUGUCCAAGGAUGAGAAAGCUGAUAUUGUCAUUGUUGGCAAGCAGGCUAUUGAUGAUGACUCAAACCAAACUGCACAAAUGACAGCUGCGCUGCUGGACUGGCCACAAGGCACCUUCGCUUCCAAAAUCGAGAAGACAGACGCUGGUCUGACGGUGACCCGUGAGAUCGACGGCGGUCUAGAGGUCAUCAAGACGAAGCUGCCGGCAGUGGUCAGCGCCGACCUGCGACUCAACGAGCCCAGAUACGCUACCCUACCUAACAUCAUGAAAGCCAAAAAGAAGCCGCUAAAGAAGGUGACCGCCAAAGACUUAGGUGUAGACAUCGCUCCUAGGAUCAAGGUAGUGUCUGUAGAGGACCCGCCAGUCAGACAGGCUGGCUCUGUAGUCCCCGAUGUCGACACCCUGGUCGCCAAGCUCAAGGAAGGAGGCCACGUCUGAAUAACAUUGUAAAUAGCGAAAAUCCGUAAUAAGAGUGUGUUCAAAAUCAGAAAUAUAUUUAUAACACUGCGAUUUUGUAUGAACGUUUGUAGAUUACAUUGUAUAAAUUGUUAAAAUACAUUUUUAAUCUGUUA